CUGUUGAUCUUUGCGGAAAGAAGGCUCACUGACUAACGCAGAGAAUUAUUCUUGAUCUCGCGGACGCGGAUCACGCAUUGAUUAUCGUAAAUAUUUAUAUACCGGGUCGCUUCAUUAAUUCGUAUAUUAGUUUAAAACGUUAUUGACGAUGGUAAGAUGACGACUACCACCACCAUUCGAAAAUCCUACGGAAACAGGAAACUAUACGCAUUUCCCGAAGAUUAUCCUAUCAAAUCGUCCCGACUGAAAAGUGGAUCUGUGAAUAAUUUGUUAAAAAAAAGUGAACAAGACGUUAAUAAGUUAAUUAAGUAUAUAGACGAUAAUAUUGUUGGAAGAAACAAUGCUUUUCUAGGUCCAUUUGGAAGAAGAAAAGUUGUGUUUUGUGACUAUGCCGCCUCAGGAAGAUCACUGCAAUUUAUUGAAGAAUACAUUUUACGAGAGGUACUCCCAACGUAUGGCAACACACAUUUUACAACAAGCAUUUCAUCUUUACAAACCACAUUAUUUAGACAAGAGGCCAGAGAUAUUAUUCGGGGGGCAGUUAACGCCACAGACGACGAAGCAGUCAUAUUCUGCGGACACGGUUGCAUCGACGCAUUAAAUAAACUAAUUUGGGCUCUGGAUGUACGAGAAACUCCGGUGAUUUUCACCGGACCUAGUGAACACCGUGAUAAUUUGAUGUUAUGGCAGAAAACUGGGGCAAAGAUUGUCCGAAUCUCAGAAACCAAAGACGGCCUCUUGGACCUAACCGACCUAGAAACGCAACUGCGCCUCCACCAAAACUGUAAACGUCAACUGAUUGGCUGUUUCUCGGUGGCAUCCAGUGUCACUGGAAUACUCUACGAUGACGUGGCAUGCACCAUUUUGCUACACCAAUAUGGCGCCUUGUCAUUUUGGGACUACAACAUCGGCGCCCCCAAUGUCUUGAUCGAUAUGAAUCCGAGCGUCCAGGGGGUCGAGGAUGCCAGUUUGGCCCAUAAAGAUGCCAUUUAUUUCUCUGGCCACAAGUUCAUCGGAGGCGUUCAAACGCCCGGCAUUUUAAUUGCUAAGAAACAUAUGUUUAGGCGGCUGAAUACUUGUGAACCAGAUGGUUUUUUCGCCUCCAACGAACGGGAAAAAGGUUUUGAGCUGCAAGAAGAAGGCAACUGCGUUGCUGUGAUCGAGUCCAUCCGAUUUGGACUAAUAAUGCAAUUAAAGGAGACAGUUUCUGCCACCCAUAUACAACAAAGACAAGAAAAAGUUAACAAACAGAUGCUUCAACAUAUCCGUACCAUCCCGGAAAUAAUCCUGUUAGGCAACACGUCCCCCAGCCUAAAGAGAGUUUCUAUAUUCUCCUUCCUGGUACGCCAUCCCAGAGGAACAUUUUUGCACCACAACUUUGUCUGUGCAGUUCUGAAUGACGUGUUUGGCAUCCAGGCUCGUGCAGGAUGUCCCUGUUCAGGGGCGUAUGCACAGGAAUUACUUGGAAUCGAUCAAGCUCUGGCUGAUCAAUAUGAAAAUAUUAUUUUGGAAGACAGGCGACUUUCCAGUUUGAACUUGGGUGUAGAAAAUUCCACACUUGAACUACUUAGGCCAGGCUUCACCAGAAUUAGCCUUCCAUAUUUUAUAAACGAUGCAGAACUGGCCUUCGUCAUGGAAGCAGUGAAAAUGGUGGCUACAGAAGGUUGGAAAUUGCUUCCGCAGUACGUCGUUGAUUUAGAAACUGCUGAAUGGAGACACCAUACUAAUGCCGUGCAAAAAGAUCGAAAAUGGCUGUCUUCCAUUAGUUUUAGAUACGUUGAUGGAAAAAUGACAAUGAAUGAACGAAGAACCUCUGGCCCGGGUCUGUUUCCUCAAAGUUACUCCGAAUGUCUCCAAACUGCCCGUAAUUUAUUUAAUAGAGCGAGAAAAACUGCCCUUAGGAUGCCUUAUCACGACCAAGGAAUCGCCUUUGAUAGUAGAGGAGAAAAACUGAGGUGGUUCAUGUUACAAAAUGAAGCUCAAGCUCUCUUGACUAGCAACGCACAAAACGUAAAACAAAAGGUGCCAUUUGAUCCAGGAAACUAUAUGUGUCCCAAAAAGACUGAUAAAUCUUCGGAGCAUGACUACCAUCAUGCAUCUACACCCAUUCCAGCUGCUUCUAACAAUAAUUUAUCAAAUAAUAGUGGAGGAGGCUCUCCGCGACACUACAGCUUGCCAUCAUUAGAUGACCCAAAACUACUAACGUGUUCCUCGCCAGUGCCAUAUUUCUUGCAAGACGUCAACGGACUAUAUUAUCCUCACCUUUCGCAGCCUCCUGUUAAUUUCGCUGUGGGAGAAUCGAUGAGUUCAACUAAUUUACACUUACAACAGCAGAACUUUGCUAGAGAUAGGUGUUUUAGUCUAGGUCAUCCGACAGUUUCGCCCCCAGUACUUAGUCCACAAACGAGAAUGAGUCUUGGUAUGACUUCAGUUAUGAACGGAAGGCAACGACAGAUGAGUUGCGGUAGCCAAACCGAGCUGCAUUCUUUAGAUUCUGAUGCUAAUCUAUCACCUACUCAUAGCUUAAAUAUACUGUCAAGUAGCUCUAUGGAUUGUAGCCAAGUUGGUCGAGCUUCUCCUGCUCCUGAUCUCCAAACUUACGUGACUGAAAUGACCAAAGAAUUAGCGACAAACAUAAAGUCUGAAAUAAGGGAAGUUAUUUCGAAAGUGGAGGACGUAUUGGAAAAUACCGAUAGCGAUAGAGAUAAUUCGUUUUUCUAUGAACGAAAUGGUAGUGGAAGCGAAGAUGGACGAAGCGACUCAAUUUCAGCCAACGAGGUGGCCGAAUAUCUUGAAAAAAUAUCAAUAGAAAUGGCCAAUGAAGUAAAAUCGGAGAUCCGUGAUGUGGUAAGCGCUGUGGACGUCUUCAUUACGCCGGAUAGCAAUCAGCUUACCUACUCGAGAUCCAGCUUACCAAAUGAAAUAAGGACGAGCCCGCAAAGACAAAGCAGCAGCCAAGAGAACGAAAUUGAAGAACGAACCCCUGGAAGUAGUAGCGACACUGUGAUUCAUUUAAUAACUUCUCCUACAGUUAAGCCGAAAUCGGAAGAAGAUCACGUUGACGGAAAUGGUGCUAAGAGUAAAGUACUGUCGACAUCUACCGUUGCUAGUGUGAGCUCUCAGGAUAGCGGUAUCAAUAUGUCCUUCCACGAACAAGAACAUUUCCAAAUUUUCGCCGUAGCUGAAUUUAAAGCACGCAGCAACUCAGACUCGCGAGGCCACCGAAAGUCCGAAUCGGAAAUAAAAUUUUCAACCCUCCAAAGGAAAAGACCCUCAAUCCAGAGAGAUUUAAGUGACGAUCCAAACAACCUGGAAAGUAUCGUGCUACGUAAAUGGAGCUGCCCCGAGAAGAAUUUGUGGACACCCACUGUGCAAGCCAUUAGCGAGUACAAAAUGAUCAGAGAUGGUGAUAAGGUAAUGGUAUGCCUCUCCGGUGGCAAAGACUCUUUGGGCCUUCUUCACACUUUGCUGCAAUAUCAGACGCAUGCGCAGAAGUCUGGUUUAUUAUUUAGUAUUGGGGCCAUCACUGUUGAUCCGGAUUCUUCUGGAUGUGAUCCCUGUAUUCUUAUUCCCCAUCUUAAGAGUCUCGGAGUGCAUUAUAUUAUUGAUGAUAAGAAAAGCGAUUUAGGUUCUGAAAUAGAAAAACAGGAAGAAAUUAGGGACAAUCUAUUUAGUUUCUGCUCACCUACUUUGCGGCACCGGCUCUAUUCUGCUGCAAAAUCUUCUGGAUACAACGUCUUAGCUAUUGGCCAACAUUUAGAUGAUCUUUGUGAGAAUUUCUUGCUGUCGGUAUUUCAUUUAGGGAAAAUGAGGGCAAUGAGAGCCCAUUACUACAUUAAGGAGCACGACUUAAGGGUAAUUCGUCCACUAGUAUAUGUACGAGAGAGAGCACUUCGCCAGUACGCCACCAAUGAAAGUCUGCCUGUUUUUAAUAGUUCUUUAGACCCUAAUUUAUCGAAGGAGCGACAAAGGAUUAAACAGUUACUUACCCAACAGGAAAUACUGUUUCCUAAGUUAUUCGUUAGUCUUAAAAAUGCCCUUCAUCCGCUUAUUGGUUUUCAAAUAAAAGCAUGUGAAUUAAAAUGCCGACGGCUCUCCAAAACAUCCAAAGAACGUGAAAUAGAAGACUCGCAUAAUGAAACUGAUGAAGAACCAAUCGCCACUGACGACUGAUUUGUAUAAUUUAGUUUUUUUGUUGUUAAUUUUUAAAUUAACGAUCUCUCGAUUGGUUUAUAUGUUUAUGAUUUUUGUGAUUUAAUUGUGAAAUUUUCUUUGACGGUAAACGACUGUAAAGUACAAAUUGGCGACUUUUUAUAAUUUUAUGAUCGUUUUAGAUGUUUAAGGUGUGUCAGUUGGUUUUAUUUAAGAGAGAAUCUCUGCUUUCGAUUUAAAAAAUUGUUUUUUUUUACCAAACAAUUUGGUAUAGUAGAGGUUUUUUAAUAAAUCAAAAGGUAGGCAUGAAUAAAUACCCUCAUUUAGAAUAGUGUUUUUUGGUUUUUAAAAUAUUAAUUAUUCUCCAAUACUAUGCGAGUGAUGACUAAAGAAAAUGUGAUAUUUUAAAUUUCUGGAAGGAUUGUAAGCUGAAAGGGAACCAAAAAAGAUGUUUUCUUUUUCUAUAUUAAAAAAAAAUAUAUGAUUGUAUAGAAAUGUCAAAUAAUAUAAAAGUAUGAAAAUUUUUGGAAAUAUUAUCCAAAGUUUAGACUGUUUUUAUUUUAAACAUGGUAUAUAAUCUAUUAAACGUUUUGUUUGCUAUUAAUAAAUACCCGUUUUAGAAGUUAAUUUUAUUUUUUGAAAUUGUAUUCUUUAAAAGAAAAUACAUUUUAACAUAAUUUCAGAGGGAAGGUAUCUAAUUUUUUAUUAAAAUAUAUAAAACUCUGUAAUAAACCUAAUUUUUGUCUUAUUUUGUGAAUCUUAUUAAAAAAAAUCAGUAUUAGUGGGCUUUUUAAUAUUUCAAUUUGACACUAAUUUAGUUCCUUUUUAGUUAAACUUACGGAUGGGGGAUGUGUAUUAUAAAAAUGUAAGAAAAUGAUAUUAAAAUUCUAAUUUUACUUCUUUAUCCUCGUCUUUAAUUCUAUUAUAUAAUAUAAGUUUUAACUUGCUGUUUGUCAUUAAAUAUCACUUGUUUUGUUAUUUAUAUUUAUAUCAUUUAUAAAUUAUAUUAAUAAAGUAUUUUUAGUAGUUCAA